GGCCGCGCUGCCGCGCACACCCCCCUCCCGCCGGCCCCCGCGCUCGCCAACAUGGCGCUGGUGCUGGCGGCCGAGCGCGGCCGCUGCUGCCUGUGGGCGUUGCGGCGGCGGCAGUGGAGCCAAGUACAAAGAUUCGUGAAAUGGGCCUCAACAAUAGGAGGUCACAGCAUAGGGAAGAUUCUUAUUGCAAACCGAGGAGAAAUUGCAUGCAGAGUGAUGCGAACAGCGAAGAAAAUGGGUGUGAAGUCUGUAGCAGUUUAUAGUGAAGCAGACAGAAAUUCCAUGCAUGUAGCAAUGGCAGAUGAAGCGUACUGCAUUGGUCCAGCACCCUCGCAGCAGAGUUACUUGGCCAUGGAGAAAAUAAUGCAGGUGGCCAAGGUCUCAGCAGCACAGGCCAUUCAUCCAGGUUAUGGUUUCCUAUCAGAAAACACAGAGUUUGCAGAGUUGUGCAAGCAAGAGGGAAUCAUCUUCAUAGGUCCGCCUUCAUCUGCUAUCAGAGAUAUGGGUAUUAAGAGCACUUCCAAAGCUAUAAUGUCUGCUGCUGGCGUUCCUGUUGUUGAAGGUUAUCAUGGAGAAGAUCAAUCAGAUGAGUGUCUAAAGGGACAUGCCAAGAGAAUAGGAUAUCCAGUAAUGAUUAAAGCUGUUCGGGGAGGUGGAGGAAAGGGCAUGAGAAUUGCUCACUCAGAAAAGGAGUUUCUGGACCAACUAGAAUCAGCUAGGAGAGAAGCAAAGAAGUCUUUCAAUGAUGAUGCAAUGCUGAUUGAGAAAUUUGUAGAUAAUCCAAGGCAUGUUGAAGUCCAGGUAUUUGGUGACCAGCAUGGCAACGCAGUCUAUUUGUUUGAAAGAGACUGCAGUGUGCAAAGAAGGCAUCAGAAGAUCAUUGAAGAGGCGCCAGGGCCAGGAAUUAAUCCUGAAGUUCGAAAGAGACUUGGAGAAGCUGCUGUGAAAGCAGCUAAAGCAGUGAAUUACGUGGGAGCAGGAACGGUGGAAUUUAUUAUGGACUCCCAACAUAAUUUUUACUUCAUGGAGAUGAAUACCAGACUGCAAGUAGAGCACCCAGUUACCGAGAUGAUCACUGGAACAGACUUGGUGGAGUGGCAGCUUAGGGUUGCAGCAGGAGAGAAGAUUCCCCUAAUGCAGGACGAGAUUCUGCUCCGAGGCCAUGCAUUUGAAGCUAGAAUAUAUGCUGAAGACCCUAAUAAUAACUUCAUGCCAGGGGCUGGGCCGUUGUUGCACUUGUCCACCCCACCACCUGAUAGUUUCACCAGGAUAGAAACUGGAGUCAGACAAGGUGAUGAAGUUUCUGUUCAUUAUGAUCCAAUGAUUGCAAAGCUAGUUGUUUGGGCUGAGGAUCGUCAAGCAGCCCUGAGAAAGUUACGAUACAGUUUGCGUCAAUAUAAUAUUGUAGGAUUAAGCACUAAUAUUGAUUUCUUACUGAGCCUGUCGGGACACCCGCAGUUUGAGGCUGGAAACGUGCAUACUAAUUUCAUUCCUCAACACCAUGAUGAACUAUUUCCAACCAAAAAGGCAACCCCCCAUGAAGUUAUGUGUCAGGCAGCUCUAGGGCUCAUACUGAAAGAGAAAAUGCUAACAGAUGCUUUUAGAGAUCAGUCGGAUGAUAAAUUCUCGCCAUUUGCAUCCAGCACUGGUAGAAGAAUAAAUAUAUGUUAUACUAGAAAACUGUCUCUGCUGGAUGGGGAAAACAUUGUGGAUGUAGCUGUAAGUUACAAUCAAGGAGGGUCAUACAACAUGCAGAUUCAAGACAAAACGUUCCUGAUUUCUGGAGAGAUGGUCACUGAAGGUGAUGCACUUUACUUGAGGUCCUCAGUAAAUGGAACAGUGUGCAAGUCCAAAUUGGUCAUUUUGGACAACACCAUUUAUCUCUUCUUUCCGGAAGGGAGCGCUCAGGUUGGCCUCCCUGUUCCCAAGUACUUAUCUGCAGUGAGUUCGGUGGGAGUGCAAAGUGGUGCAGUAGCACCCAUGACAGGCACCAUUGAAAAGGUUUUUGUGAAAGCAGGGGAUAAGGUUCAGACUGGAGACCCUCUAAUGGUUAUGAUAGCUAUGAAAAUGGAGCACACCAUACGGGCUCCAAAGGCAGGAGUGAUAAAAAAGGUUAAUUUCCAAGAAGGUGCCCAGGCCAACAGGCACGCUCCGCUAGUUGAAUUCGUGGAUGAAGAGGCCGAGUCAAAAUAAAAUUCAAGGAAAGUGCAUUUUAUUUUUUCUACUUUGCUGAUUUUUCUCUAAGGAGAAGAUUUCUUCAUAUUUCCAGCAAACUGUUUUGUAUAACAGAUUGGGGAAUUGGUUUCCUCUGCACUUCCUGCAUAGUUUGACUGUAAAUUAUGCUGACUUUACUGAAAUUUGGAUAUCACUACACUGUAAUCGUAUAUUUAACUUGUGGACCUACGUGAUUGUUGUUCAGUGGUUACGUUUGCCUGUGAAAAGGCAUUAGACUGGAAAAAAUGUGGAACUCUCUCGGGAGGGGCGAGGUUAGUUAGGACUGUGAGUUACAGACAGCUAGGGUUCCUCUGCCUGCCUUUCAUUCACCGCUGCCUUCUUUUCUUGAGGUGUGAGAGCAUUGAUUUGAAGGAAAUCUGAAAGGUGACAGUUGUUCUGUGAAUUCAUUUCUGUGGCAAAAUUCCUGUUUGUGUCUUAUGUUUUUGCCUGAAUAGGGAAUUCAAGUUUGUUCCUUAGCCCAGGAUCCCUCUCAGUGAGUUUUGGUGCAUCUUUUUUCACAUUUACCUCAAUAAGCAGUGAAAAUUUGCAUUUCAAAAAUUAUUAUUAAAUAAUUUGAAAUAUCUGAUACAAAGCAUUUUUAAAAUACAUAUUAGCAUUUGCUACACUAAUCAAAGCUGGAACGUAACUGCUUUCCGAAAAUAUCAUUUGAUCUUUAAACAUGAAGUAGAAGCACAGAAAGAUGAUAAGCUUAUUUAAUACUUAGAAAGUGUGCCAAAAUAAAAUACUGACUUCAAAAUCCUCAUUACUUUUCCCACAUUGUUCACCUUCUAAUAUAUUACUUAUUGUUGGAAUGAAUUAUACCAAAGUCUUUAUAACAACCUGGAACAUGACUAAGAAUAACAGUCAGAUUGUUUUUGUAUUUGCGGUGUUGCAGAAGAGAAAAUCGGUAGUUCUUUGAUAUGCAAAGGAAACAUUUCUCAGACACAGCAUGCUGAUCGUUUGCCGUAAAUUCAUUUUAACUCGUUUAAAAAGUACCUCAGAGAGAAAUGAAAAGGAUAAUAUGUUUUAAUUGUUGCAAACUUACAAAUCUUUCCACCUUCUAGUUAAGGUGAAGUUCUGCCUGUCAUAGGAACUUUUGAUAUACUAAUGUAAGACAAUAGCGUGGUUUAUACUGCAGAAAGGAACAAACACAGAUGCUGCAGUGAUCGCAAACUUGUAGUUGCGUCUGUGCAAAUGGAGCCUUAUACUUACCCGAAAUCUCACGUCCCAAUCAAUACGCAAUGUCACAGGGAAUUCUCUGAUGUGAUUCUGUAACUGUGCGGCCUGGCCUGCAAUGCAGACAAAAACUGUAAAACAGUAAUGGCUCUGGAUGGUCUUGUAUAUGAAAAGCAUACAGUAACACUGUUCAAUUGUCCUUGUAAUCCAAUGGCCACCUAACAAAAUAUUACACUCCAGUGAUCAUCUUGUAGAAUACUGCCACAGUGGUUUUUAGUAACUGCCAAAUAAAAACUAAGCUUAACUUUGAAUGUUUGUUUUCAUUUUUCUCCAUUUUGUUCUUUCCUCGGUUGCUUAUGUUUAUUAUGCACUAGAGGGUUUUAGGUAUCAUCAUCUGAUACCUGACAGACCACGAUCUGCAGAUGGCAUUUAGGAGGCAGUAAUCCAAAGUCAUAAUGGGUUUCACUGCAGGUGAGUUUAGUGACUUGUUUUAUCUAAAAAUUGAAUCUACAUCUAAAAUCACGAACUCAGUCCUGAAGAGACACCGCAGUUUGGCAUUUGUUUUUUUUUCUUUCUACAUGACAUUUCUGUGUUUCCAGACCUCCUUUGCUCCACUGACUCUAGCAAAACGUUAAAACUCACAGCAUGAGGUUCUCUGUCCACUAAUUCUGUGCUGCUCCAGCCAGCGAAACAAGAGCAUGUUCCUUGGAAGCUGACAAAACGUCUCCCUUAGGAAUGAAGAGAGACAAAUAAUGUCAUCAGUUUUAAUUUCCCCUUACUUCUGAAAAUCAGCUGUUAGGUUUUUUCUCUAUAGGUUCCCACUGAGAUUGAUUUUUCCAAUAGUAAUGGUUUUGCUUAUUUCAGAAUAAAGUUUCUUGCAGAAGUCGCUGUCAGAAUUUGCACGCUUGAAAUGUUUUGAUGCAAGGUGAUUUAAUUGAACUUAGAGAUACGCAAAGAAUUAUUAAAGGUAGGUUGUUCCUGUAACCCAGAAUUUUAAUUUACAAAAUAUUCAGAAUAUUUCUGUUUAUUACAAAUAAAUCCUUGUGUUAUAAAUGUGAAUUGGUAAGAGCCAUAGGAUAGUAAUGUAGCUGUAACUAAACUGCUGUCUGUAGAACAUUUAGUGGUAGAGUAAAAAAGAAAAGACUGGUAAUAGUUUAAAAUGCAGUAUCUUAGUAUUUGAGCUAAAAGGGUAAUCUCCGCCAGUUAUCUCAAAUAGUGCUGUAGUUCUAAUACAAGAGUCAUAGAUAUAUAGAAACAAUGAAUCUGAACUGAUCCUAACUGCAGCGAUGGACGGGAUACGUAGUUCAGCCACAGUCUACGGGACAGAAGGAGGCCACUGGUGUUCCAGACCAUGGCUCCUGUGAGACAGGAUCGGAGUAACGCUCGCGCUGAGCCUGCUGGGCGGCGUGUGGCAUUGGGUAUGAAACGUCCUGCUCGGCAGCGUGAAUGUUACCAUACCAGGUGUGCCCUUCUUAAACUCAGUUCCCCACCUCUGGGAUCUCUGGCUCUUGCAGCCUUCAGCUGCUGUCAGUGGCUGUAGCUAAUGCCCAGGGAAGACGCGUGGCGUGGAGCUGGAAUUCCUGCUGAGUCAGUGAUUAGGACACAGGGAGUGGGAAGCAGGAGAGCAGGACCAUGUUUUUAUUUCGGCCACUGACUCACUGUGACUUCAGGCAAGUCACUUAGUAGAUAUUUGCCCGUGUUUCCUCCUAUUUAGUGAGGUUGGUGGUAAUCACAACACUGCAAAAAUUUUUGAUGCAGUCAUUUAUAAGUAAGUAUUUUCCAUGGUUGCUGCUAAGAUUGUAAUUUCAGAUGUAGUCUAUUUUUACUUGUUAUUUUUUUACCUUUUAUACAGGAAUUAUAUAUAGCAGUGAAUUGUAAAAAUAAAGUUUCCAAUGUGUAUUGAAUCCUUCGUUGUAAUGGUUGUACUACUCUGUUACCACAAAAUCCUAGCUUCUGUCCUUAUGAUGAUUAAAAAAUGAAUACUCGGGUCUUUUGGCAGGACCUUUAAAACUUAGUCAAUGGUAGGGGAAAAAAAAAGUUGAUCUGAGCACCCCACUCUUAUUAAAGCAACUUGUUCCUAUUUUAAAGGGCAUAUCAAGCAGUGCACUUAGCACAGGUAUAUUAAUUUCUAUUGAUUAUUCUUCUGUUCGGUCAGAUCAGGAAUUAUUUGACUAUGUUCUACCUGUCCUGUUUGUAAAAAGCCCAGCAAUGCUGCGUAGAAUGUGUUUAUUGAACUGUCAAUGGCAAUCAGUUAAGGUCUGAACUCACAGCUUUUACACAUGGUCUGUUCUCAACAGGUACUUUAACUGCUUGUGCAGUUGUGAUAGACUUUACACACAGAUGCUUCACAGAAACCCGUCCUGCUCCCUCCCAGAGAUACUGCCCUGUGCAGCCCAGCCCCUAACAGCGCCUUGGACUGGGUGUAGUAACGCGUUACCCUCUUGGGUAAUACAGGAAGGAUGAAAAACUUAUUAAAAGGUGAACACCCUUCCCUGCAACUUAUUAACAACAGGUUAAUUGGCCACGUGCCAGCGUGCAGGUUAAACUGCUUUGACACCUACAGGAGCACUCAGACUGCUUACGUCCUCUGGGCUGCUUUCAAUACAGAAAAAAUGACAUAGGCAGAUAGGCACGUUCCAGCUGUAUCAGCAGAACAGCGGGAUAGGAGCAGACCACUGGGGGCAAGGGAACUUCAUGCCUGUAGUGGCACUGAAUUUCCUUGUGUGGGAUAGUUCGUGGGACUUUGUUCUCCAAGUUACACAUACGGUCAGUGUUUGCAGGCAAAGGGCCAUAGUCAUAACCACUUUAUGGCUAUUCCAUCAGUGCAAGAUGACUUGGUCGUUUCACUUUCUAGAGCAUAAGGUAGCUGACAAAAAGAUGUGGGGGUUGGAAAGACAUUUCUAGGCCAAGCUGUUCCAGGUCAUUGUUAUCCUUCAUAAAGCUUUGGGCCUCUUCCUCAGAAAGUGCUCUAAGUGGAAGUCCUCAGCAAGGGGAUUACACUAAAUGGAUUCUGCGCUGACUUAACGUGAGUCUUGCUUCUCUAUCUGCUCAAGAAGAGAGCUGAAGUCAGUGAAAACAUCAAUGUUGUAUUCAGAACUAUGCAUGUGACACACCUGGAUUUAAAAAAAAAAUCACUGUCUGUUUCUCCUAGGGUUCCCAGGAGAUGAUAAGCCACCAUUGGCUCCCACAACAAAACAAGGCAGGCAUGCCCGCCUUACCAUCAAUUAGACAAGUCGUCAUGUUACUGUGGUCACAGUGAUUGUGCUCUAUGCAGAUUGCACAAUGAGUAUUUCCUUCUGGUCUGUAUCGCUGAAUGCAGGUGUCGUGUUUACAAAUAGCAGAGCUGUUUAUCACUGCUCUGACUGGUGUGCCAUCCUGGAUGGAGCUGUACAAAAGGUUACGUGUAACAAGCCCCAUUUAAAGAACUUACUCUGACUAUGUACAAACAGGCUUUUUGGCAGCCUCACAGUGCCUCUUGCUUUACAAAGCAUCUGGUUUUGCUCAGAAAUACUAAGGGUGAGGUUGAGACAGCACACAGGUCGCUGACGUGCAGAUCUACACCUGCAGGCGUACAGCCAGCCAGCAGGUGUACGGACAGGAGUGGAAGCGGGGCAAUCCCACAGUCCUGAAGCGAGUGCUGCGCGGGAUGUGCUGCUGCAGCCAGCCACGUACGGGGGAAAUAACCCGGUCACUCUGAUCACGCUGGCUCAGGCUGAGGUGCCAGCCCGGCCACAGUAGCCAAGAGCUCUGGGUAGGGUGACUCCAGAUUUGGCAAUUCAGACGUACCCACAGAAGCACUCUGAAGUCAAGGCAGAAGAGCAUACUGUAGCUUCCACUAAAACCAGCAAUGCUGAGGAAGCCACUCCUUUUCUCAUAUACGCUUUCACCUUAUAACUGAACUUAAACUGGAAGAAAACCAAACCAACCACAGAACAGUAGCGUGCACACUGGGAAUAGCAUUAAUCUUCAUUUCACGUAUUUUUUUAUAUUUCACUUCCAUUUCCCUAACUCAUCCAUUUUUAUCUGCCCUGCUAGGAAGCCCCUGCAGAGCAGUUAAGUAUGAUUUUCCGUACCUUUUAAGAUGGGAGUUCAUAACGUAGAGAAAUUUAGUAAGUUAGAGAGAUCAAAUCACAAGUCAGUAAAAGCUGGAAGCAGAGUCCAAAUGCCCUGACUCCCAGAAAAAAGAAAGACAGUACAGCAGGAACAACUUCUGAACAUUAAAGUACUGAGAACAACUUC